UUUUUUAUAAUUUUAUUUUAUAAUUUUUAAAAAAUCAUUAAAUUUUCAAAUGUAUAAUUUUCCUUCACGCAAACUCAAAUUGACAUGUUGUGUGUUGACAGUCGCCAAGCAACCACCGUCUUAAGAAAAUAUUGUAGAAUAAGUAUUUAAUCUUUAUUUAAUCAAUCAUUUUUAUAAACCUCAAAUUUUUAUAUUUUUUAAAAAAAAACAAUUGUCUCAAUUAUAAUUUAAAAGUAACCUUUUUUUUUUUUGUAUAUUUAUUUUAAUUUUUAAUAUGAAAAAAUUGAAAAUUAAUGAUCUUGGGAAAUUUAAAGAAAGCUUGGAUCAUUGUUGAUGAGACAAUGAUGUUAAAAAUCAUAAAUUUGUUUGAUAAUAUUUUUAUUACUAAACAUGACGAGGACUCGAGGAUUUUGUGUCAAAAUUGAAUUUGAUCUUCAUGCUGUAACAUGUCCAGGUGUCUGGUUAUGUCCAAAUGGUUCAGUUGCAUUACAAAUAAAUUCUCUAAAUUCUCAUAUUGAAUCACAAAAAACAAAUCCAAUAUUUCCACUAUUAUUUGAUGAUAAAUUUUUAUUUAAAAAAAUAUUUACUGGUAUAUGUACAUUAACUGAACUUGAAUGUCUUCUGGAAGAUGAAUAUUUAUAUGCUGAAUUAAUUCAAUGGCCAACAAUAGGAUGCAAGGGUGUUGUAUUAUCAACAUUUAAAACAAAUUUACUUGAAUUAUUGUAUCCAUCAUCUUGCUUCAAAGGUUUACUAAAUGGUGCUGAUGUUGAUUUACUAAUGGAAUCAACAAAAUAUUUUCCAGGUAUUAUUGCACCUAAAAUUGAAAUUUCAACACGAACAAUUGUUGAAGAAGUAUUUGGUAUUUGUGAAUUAGAUAUUGCUUCAAAUAAUAUUAUUAAUCCAAAGCUAAUUAAUUCAAAGGCAAAACCUUGUAUUCAUAAAAAAUCAACUAAUGAAGGUGUUAUUCGUCAACGUAAAGUUUGUCAUAGUUAUGGAAAACCAGUAUCUCCAACAAUUCAUUGUCGACAUGCUCAAAAUCAUCAUGCCUGUGUAUCUGAUAGCCAAAAAAAAAAUUCCCAUGUUGAUCAGUGUUAUCAAAAAUAUAAAAAUAGAUCAUGCAGUCCAUCACCACUGUCAAGACGAACAAUACAUGCAUGUUCAUCAAAUAAUCAAUUUCAUAAUUUUGAUGAUUGUCCAGUUUGUUUGAGAUACAAAAAUUUUUUUUCAAAAGAAUCGAAACAAAAUAUUCAUGAUAAUAAUAGUACAAGAAAAAAUGCAAUAUAUGGAAUUUGUAAUAUUUCUAAUUGUCGUGAUCAUGCAUCAACAAAUCAUGGAUCUGCAUCGUCAAUAUUACAAUCAAAAAUUCAAAGUAUCAGAAGUCAUCGAAGAUAGAUAAAAAAAACGCCGAAAUAAUUAAAAAAUAAAUUAGAAAAAUUGAGUAAUAAAUAAUUUCUUUUUUCAAAUAAAUAAAUUAAAGAUAAUGCUAAAAUUAAUUCAAUAAAUUCAGGCAAUAUGUACAUUUUUUUUUAAUAAUAAUAAUUUAAUAUUCAGUGAAAAGUGCAAUGUGAUUUAAAAAAAAAAAAAACAAUUAAAUUACAUAAAAAAAAUCCUUUUUUUCUUUCAUUUGACAAAUAUUUUUUGAGUAUUUUUUUAUUUUAUUAUAAAUAUCUUAGAGUAUUGCUUAAAUUUUAUAAGAAAUUUUAUUUUCUUGUUGAGUAGAAAAUUUCCAAAAAAUUGCCAUUUAAAUAUUUGAUAUGUUAUUCAAAUAAUUUAAUGAAAAAUUAAUCUCAAUAAUUUCUUGUUUUUUUUUUGACAUGUUGCAUCGGUAUUUGAUGAAUAAUUUAAUUGAACUCAAAGCACCAUUUUUGAUACACAAUAACUUUGAUUUUUUAAAUUACUUCUAAUAAUAUAGGCAUUGAAAAUUUUCGGCAAAGUACGAAGCAAGACUAGAGUAAAAAAAAAAAAAUUAUAAUAAAUAAAUAACUAAAAGUUAAUAAUAAUUAUAAAAAAUAAAAUGAAAAAUUUAAAACAAAA